AAUUUGACAUAAAGUGGCAAAAUGGCAAUUGUCAAUGCAGGUUAUACUUUUUGAUAGCCUGAGUACAGUAAAGAUACCGGAAUUCUAGAUUUACCAAUAAUUAAAUUAUGUAAAUACUAGCUAAAUAUAAGCAAGGUAUUAUCUAAUCGUUGUAAGUUAAUAUAAUUCAAAAAUAACCAUGGAUCUUCACCGGCCUGUUGAUUCUAAUAAGACAUAUGAAGACAUGACAGCAGAAGAAAAAUUACGUUGUCUUCAGAUUUGACCACCAGAAAAUGCAUGAGUUGCAUCGUGGUCACGAGUCCAUGCAUACCACAAUGGUGCUUAUCCUCAUUGUCACACUUGUAGUGGCACAGUUCGUCGUCGUCGAAUGGAAGAAGAGGCACUAUCGAUCUUAUGCUUUUUUAUUUAAUAAUAAAAUUGUCCAGUUCUUUACAAUGGUGUCAAUGUGGUCAAUUCCGUUGGCGCUGAGCUUCAACAAAGGCUGGUGGAGGUUCAUCACAAUAUGGACUGUCUUUACCCUGCUCACGGGUAUUGUUAUAAGGAAGUCCACAGCUAAACCCAUGUCUAAUACUACGCCAAGAUUGGUGUACAAAUGGUUUUACCUAAUAUACAAAGUGAGUUGUUUCCUGGGUAUUGUGGGUUACAUCUUAAUGAUGGCGACGUUUGUUGGUAUAAACACAUUCUUUGGACACAAGCCGCAGCAGUGGAUGGACGUGGCUUUGGUGCUGUUGUUCUAUGGCCUCUACUUCGGAGUGCUAGGCCGGGAUGUGGCUGAAUACUGUACUGAUAAAAUGGCCGCCUCUAUCGGGUACUAUACCAAGGAGGGCAUUCCGACACGACAGUUGGAAAGCAACGUAUGCGCGGUGUGUGGUAACCAGCUGAUGGUGAAUGUCAACGAGGAGGGCAUCCUCGAGAACACGUACAAGCUGCCGUGCGGGCACGUGUUCCACGAGUUCUGCAUCAGGGGCUGGUGCAUCGUGGGCAAGAAGCAGACCUGCCCUUACUGCAAGGAGAAGGUGGAUCUGCGCCGCAUGUUCACCAACCCCUGGGAUCGCCCCCACAUCCUGUACGGCCAGCUGCUCGACUGGAUUCGAUGGCUGGUCGCGUGGCAGCCGCUCAUCCUGUUCCUGGCGCAAGGCAUCAACUGGUUGUUCGGACUAGAAUGAGUCCCCUUACAUUGCAUUAUACAUUUUAGUGACAGUGAUUAUUGUGUUUUAGUGACAGUGUGUAAUGUGAAGUGUUCAAACACAAUCAGAAUUGUUAUUUGGUUAAUUUUGGUGCAGAUUUUUUAAUACUAAACAGAAAGAAAAUGCUUGAAGAUGACAAAAUUGACAACUGAAACAGGUGAGUCCAACAUAGAGUAGAUAAUAACAGAGAGAACAGUGUAUACUUCUAUUACUAAACCUGCACUAAGGGUGUUUAGUAGUCAAUUAAUAACUCUGAUUGUCGCUAAGUGUUUGUGAACUGGCCACUGCUAGUUUUUUCGUCCGUUUUAAUGUAUUUACAAUGAUUUAAUUAUGAAAUAUGCUGAGGCUUUUUGUCAAAACCUUUGUAGACUUAAUGUAGAUUUCCACUGACCAUUUUGCUACUUUUAUAUGGAAUGUGAGAGACAACAAUUUGUUUUUAUACAGAUAUCAAUAGUGGAAAUGCACACUAUUAUUGAAAUCUUUGUUGUAAGUUUCAACUGAAAUUUGUCAUAUUGUCAUGUCCCAAUACAAUUACUGUAGUGUGAACAUACAGUCAAACAUUGUACAUAAAGUGUUCACAUUUAAUGAUAAAGGUUUAUUUACAACAAUAUGUAGAUUGAAUAAGAUGUUGUCACCAAAUUGAUGCCAUGUUGUUGGAAAAUAAGGUCUCUAUAAUAUAGCAAUGGUUAAAAGUAGAUCUCAUUCAUAUAAUUUUUGAGAGCUUAAAUUAUGAAAUCCAUUAGUCUUUUUUUCUUUUUUAACACAACUCACAUAGAAGUAAAGGAAAUGCAUUUUUAAAUAUAAUUUUUUAAUCUUCUAAUUCCCUUUUUUAUUUAUUAUAUAUUUGUUUAUUUAUGAAAUCUCUUCUCAUAUUCUCUUCUGAAACUACUAGUACCAUCUGUUGUAAAUCUUGCUUUAUUUCAUUCUCAUAAUAAUAUUUACAAAUUACACAAUCAAAAUUAAAAUGUUGUUACAUUGUUCCUUUUUCCCUCUCACACGGUUU